AGCAGCGACUGAGUUGGGCGGGUCCCUAACAGAAGCGACGGGCUGGCUCAGCGGCCAUUGAAGCAUCUUUAUCUUCAAAAGGACAAGCAGAGAUUUUUUAUUUUAUUUGUAUAUCUCCAGGGUCCUGCGGACUGAAGCCAUGGUCUAUCAUUCUCUCGCCCUGCCGAUGAUCUGCUUCACCACGUUAUGGGCGUUGGUGGGGGUCGUAGCUCCGUUUUUAGUGCCCAAAGGACCCAAUCGGGGUGUGAUUGUCACCAGUCUGAUCCUUACAGCGAUCUGUUGCUACUUGUUUUGGUUGAUAGCCAUUCUGGCCCAGACCAAUCCUCUGUUUGGUCCUCAGCUCAAGAAUGAAACUAUAUGGUACCUGCGCUACUUCUGGGAGUAAACAGGGGCUGCACGAUGUGAUGCCUCUCAUCUUUCCCGUCCUCUGGUUUGCUCGCCUUUAGUUUCGGCAUGUUCUUAAACACCCGAGCGCGUUCGCCUGCAGAAUGGGUGGAUUCAUUUUGUUUUGCCACCUUGUUUUUUGUAACCUUGAGGAAUCUUAAGAAUAAUGAGAGUUUUUAAAAAAAAGCUGAAUUCAUCCUGUGACUCCAGAACAAACCAAGACGAGGAAAGUGAAGCGUAACACCCCCCCCCCCCCCAGUCCCCUUUGAAAUGUGCAAUCCUUUUAGUUUAGUUUCCGUGUGCAUAUUUUCUUUUUGUGUUGCUGCCGUCGUCAGCGAGGAACAUGGAUUUCUGUGUGUAUUUAUUUUGGCUUGCCGACACUGAUGUAAGCCCGGUGUAAUCACCUCAGUGUCCGCGAGGUCCUGUUAUAUAAGUGUUGUUACCCGUGAUGUAAUGGGGUGUGAGUGUGAGCGUGUGUGCGAGCGUGUGAAAAGUUCAUUAAUGUGGGCGCUUGGACCGCGGCCACGAGAAUCUCCUGAAAGCGUGUAAAAAAAACCGAGAAAAAAAAUAAGCAGAGAGCGAUUCCUUCCACUUUGGGGGCACUUCAGCGUGAAACUCCCUCCCACAUUCCCUCGUGCUCCGCACCACGGAGGUCCUCGUUGCCAUGGUGAUCUCAUCGCCCAAUUCAGCCCCUCUUCACUUGACCCCUUUUGAUGAAAUCCUGCCUGAUUCUCGCCUGCCUGUGUACAGAUGUACUGUAGGUUGUACUGUAGGGACGUGUUUUUGGAGCGAAGCUGCAGAUAGAUUGGGUGUUAACAUCUGCUAUUUUUAAAAUGUACCUUCAAACAGCGCUUUCACUGCGUUCCUCAUUUUAACUUUAGCAAAUGAACUCAGACUCUCGGGAGCUUUUAGAAAACAAAGCGACAAAAAAGUGCGUUAUUAAAAUAAGAUGCGAAGAAACCUGCAGCAUUGUAACCUCUGAUUGGCUGAAUAUGAUUUUUUUUUUUUUGCAUGCAUCACUAAUUCUUAUUUGGGGAAAUAAUGACAAGUGCUCUGAAUUUAUUUUAAUGUAUGAACUCUCAUCAUUGCAGUUAUUGAUUAUUUAUCUUAUUUCAUCUGCAGUCCCUGCCCCUAUAAUUGCACACAGAAAAAAAGCAUGUACACAAUAAAACACCCCCCAAAAUUAGUUCAUUGCACCUUAUCAGCCACUGCCACAAUUACACCUCCCCUCUCCAAACCUUAAGCACCCGUCCUUCCCUCCUCCCUGGCAUUCGCCCUCCCUGUUCCUCUUCUCUGAAACCACUUUGCUUCAGCCAAAAAGAAUCCAAAUCAAAAUACAGCUACUUUUUAGAAAGACCAAAUUGUGUUCUGUCUUUCCCCCCCCCCUCCCUUGCCUUUUUCUGUAGUUGUGGUGGUGGUGUGAGUCUAAAAUCAGAUGUGUAACAAUGUGUGCAUUACAGCAGUUUACACAUGCAGGGCCCUGUGUCAGUGGAGUGCAAUUACACUUGAUUACACUCUCAAAGUAGCUUUUGCUCACCAGUAAAGUUUGUUGUAGUUGGUAUUUAGUUUCUCUCCAAGUAAACCAGAGUGUGUAAACAAACAUCACAUGGACUCCCAAGUAGCUCACUUAUUCGACAAAGUUUUAGUGACUUUUAACUGCAUGUAAAAGACGGGCGUGUCCACGGUGGCGUCACGCAUUGGUUCGUGAACACCUGCUUUUGAAGAGUCGAACUGUCAUCAUCUUUGUUUUUGGAAACUGGACGUGAUGAGCACGGGGCAGAACUGACCGAGAAACCAAGGAAAACUGCAGGCUCAUAUUUUUCUUAAGUGGCUUUUUUUCUUUACAAAGGACUGUAUUUACAAAAAGUGAACACCAUGUUGUAUUAAAUAAUACUUCAGAUUUUCAAACUAAGACUAGAAACUCAUCAAGAAGGUGUUUGUUAGGGUCACAAGUUAAGGGUCAAAGUAGCCCGUUAGUGUUGGUGAAACCAUAGACUGGAAUAUAUAUAAAAGAUAGAUGAAACCACCAUAACGUCACCCACAUGGAUGUGAAGACCAGCGUACAAGCCUCAAACUGAGCAUUUCAGCUGUCAGCAGCAUGUGUGACAUCACCCAGUGGUUUUUCAAGUCCCAAUUUGAUGCCUCCAGGUGUCUUGGUCACAAAAUAAAUGGCAGGCGUAAAAUCGUUAGCCAGUGAUAUUCUUUCCAUUUUGAAACACAAUUCGACACAUUACUGAAUAAACACAUUUUUUAUUCGUGUCACCCAAGAUGAGUGACUGAGCCCAUACACUUUGUUUUUUAAAUACUCAAAAAAAUAACAACUAGCCAAUGAAAAGGUGUCCAUGCUGUGCAGCUUAGUCAGCCUUUUCAUCUAUUUUACUCUAAAUUGGACUAUAAUUUGCAAGGUGAACAUGCUGUAUUUUUUGAAAAGGCUUGAAACUACUAAUUGACACCAUAAACUUACAAGAUGAAAGAAUGCAGGUUCAAGCAUUUCUACACUGGCUUUACUUUCAGACCUAAACCACCUCCAUCUUUUAUAUGCAGUCUUUCGUCAAAACAAAUCUGUAAGCAUGUCCUGUAACUUUGGCACUGUUUUGUCUUUGUGCCAGUUGACUGCAUGUGAAGAAAAGCUGAAAAUGUCUCUGGUUUUGUCCUGACAUCUGAAUUCUGUUAGACGUUCUGACCGUACAGUUUUGUUUUGGGUUUGUUUCCUUUGGUUAGGAUUACCAUAGGAAACAAACCCAUUACAUUACAGUAUCAAUCCCACUCAUCAUAAAACAAACCACAGUUUGCUUGCAGGGAAGCAAAGUCAGUCCGUCACUGGACACCAAAUGUCAUUAUUCUCCCAUAUCCAAGCUAAUCGACCUAAAGGAGGGAACCACUGAGACGUCAGAUAAAUGUGAAAUGUGCAGAGUGUGAAUGCACAAGAAAAACAUUGAAAUUUUCAAUAUCAUUUCUUUUUCUCGUGACUUUUUUUCCUUUUCAUUUUUGAUAACUGGCUACUGUUCAUUUGAUAAAAGUUCCUGGCAGCAUAGACGAGGAUAGAUUUUUUUUAAGUGUGUUAAGAGUCACCAUGGUAACAAACAUUCAAUAAAUCACAAAUUGGAUUGUUGAUGGAUACGAGACCCUGUAUGUAACCUUGUAUUACUGUGAAGUAAAUGCUUGUAUGUGAGUGGCACUGUAUGUGAAAUACUUAAUAAAGAACUAUGUCUCAUAGGA